UGAAGCAGAAGCAGCAGCAACAAAGAUGAGGGUGAAGGGCGUGGCUGUAGCCUUGGCCGUGAUAGUCUAUGCUGCAACUAUUCAAGGCUUCCCCAUGUUCAAAAGGGGACGUUGUCUUUGCCCAGACACACUAUUAAAAGCAGUGAAAGUGGGAAAUAUUGAGAAAGCCUCCAUAAUUUACCCAGAUAACAACUGUGACAAACUGGAAGUGAUUAUCACUCUGAAAGCACAUAAAGGACAACGAUGCUUGAAUCCCAAAUCAAAGCAGGCGCGCCUUAUCAUCAAGGAAAUUAAAAGAAAGAAUUCUUUAAAAUAUAAAAAUGUAUAAAGUCCUGGAAAAGAAGAUUUAAAAACCUAGAACAAGUAUAACUGUGCCUACUGAAAUAAGAAUCCUGCCCUCAGAAACACUUUCUCCUGCCUGUUGCAACAUACAUUCGUCCAUUUCUAGGUUAGAGAAUCUUCAAAAUGAUUUGAUGCUUAUAACUGUUUUGCUGUGAUUAUGAAGACAUUUCUGUCUCUAGGAGUCAUCUUUCUGC